GGCGGCGGGGCGGGAGGGGCCGUGGCUCGGCGGCGGCGGCGGCGGCGCGGACGCGAACGCGAUGCGGCGACGCGGCGAGCGGAGCGGCGCGGCGGCCCCGGCGGGCGGCGACGGGCGGGCGGCGGAGGCGGAGGCGGAGGCGGAGGCGGAGGCGGCCAAGGCCGGCGCGGCCCCGCCGGAGCGGGGCCGGCCGGCCUGGCCACGCCGGCUGCGCACGCUGCUGCUGGACCUGCUGCUGCUCUACGCGGCCGUGCCCUUCCUCCUCCGCCUCUUCCCCGUGCUCCUCACCAAGGUCGUCUUCCUCAACUUCCUGGCCUUCCCCUACUUCGUGGACCUGCAGCGGCCCGAGCUGCUGCUCAACAACACGGUCAGCCUGUACCUGGCCACCGAGCCCGGCGUCACCGUCGGCAUCUGGCACACGGUGCCGGGCAGCCGGGCCGCCGAGGCGUGGGGCAAGGACCGCGGCUGGUACGAGACGGCGCUCGCCGACCCGCAUCCCGUCAUCAUCUACCUGCACGGCAACGGCGGCACCAGGGCGGCGAGUCACCGCGUGCAGUUCAUGAAGCGCAUGGGUGCUGCCAACUUCCACGUCCUGGCCCUCGACUACCGAGGCUACGGGGACUCCAGCGGCCACCCCUCCGAGAGCGGCUUCACCACCGACGUCCUGGCCCUCUACGACUGGGUGAAGGCGCGGAGCGGCGACAGCCAUGUCAUCUUCUGGGGACACUCCUUGGGGACGGGGAUAGCAACGAACGCUGCCAGAAAGCUGCAGGAAGACAGAGGGGUCCAGGUUGACGCCGUGGUCCUGGAGUCGCCCUACACCAGCAUCCGCGAGGCGGCCGCCCACGUCCCCAUCACCAGGAUCUACCGCUGCUUCCCGGGCUUCGAGUACCUCAUCCUGGAUUCGCUAGCGCUGGGCGACGUGUUCUUCCGCAGCGAGGAGAACGUGAAGGUGCUGUCCUGCCCGCUCCUCAUCCUGCACGCCGAGGACGACGCCGUGCUGCCGCCGCAGCUGGGCCGCAAGGUCUUCGAGGCCGCGCACGCCGCCUACGCCGACAAGGCCAAGGUGAAGCUCAUCACCUUCCCCGAGGAGCUGGGCCUGGGCCACGACCACAUCUCCUCCAACCCGGAGCUGCCCGCCCUCGUGAGAGACUUCUUGAACAUCAAGUGAUGCCGGCGGUACGGCGCACGCGCGACCGGCCCCGGACGCACACCGAGACCUCAUGAUGCACUGCGCUUCCAUCCCUACAUAAUAAAAACUACUGAGAACCUUUCUAACCCA